AUGAAGAGACCUGCUUUGAACCACCCAUCUCAAGAUAAGCUCAAGCACCCCACGCUUGAAAACGAGAAGGUUAAAUUGCUAUUUAAUCCCAAAAUAUGGGAUGAUAGGUAUAGAGAGAGUUUGAAAUAUAGUGUGGCCAACAAUAAACCAUAUAACUGGGGGUUUAUUGACAAUUUAGUCCAACCUGAGCUACUACGCGCUGUUCGUAAGGAAAUUGAAGCUGAAAUUCAUUUUACUAAGAAGGAAACCGAUAUUUAUAAAGUCAACCAAAGUGGCGAUUUGGCGAACUUAUCAGGUCUUAACUGGGAUGAUUUGUCUAGACUACCAAACUUGUAUAAGUUGCGUGAAAUAUUGUACUCAGAAAUAUAUCGUGAUUUUAUAGGGUAUGUCGCAGGAGCUGGAAAAUUAUCUGGUACUAAAAUGGAUAUGAGUAUUAAUACCUACACUAAAGGGUGCCACUUACUUACUCAUGAUGAUGUUAUUGGGUCCAGAAGAGUGAGCUUUAUUCUUUAUCUUCCAGAUCCAGAUAAAAAGUGGAAGGAACAUUAUGGUGGUGGGUUGCGUUUGUUUCCCAGUAUUAUCAAAAAUAUUCCUCACAGCGAUCACAGCGCCAAGUUGGUACCGCAAUUCAACCAAUUAGCCUUUUUCCAUGUUCAACCGGGCUUUUCUUUCCAUGAUGUCGAGGAAGUGAAGGUUGACAAACACCGUUUGUCUAUCCAGGGUUGGUAUCACAUACCUCAAGUUGGCGAAGAUGGGUAUGUUGCGGGCGAAGAAGAAGAAUACGUUAAUAGCAACAUCAGCACUUUAGCACAAUUAGAAUCUAAGCUGCUGGAAGAUUAUGAGUUUCCUAAGGCAGAAAGGAUUAUGCUGCCUCAACAUCAAUUGAAGCAUUUAGAUAAGGUAUUGCUUGCAAAUUCAGAGCAUGUUUCCUCGAACGACGCUCCACAUGAUGGUGCCAUAAGUGAGCAACCAUUUCUUACGAAUGAAGAAUUUGACUACCUUGCUAAGUACAUAUCAGAGGAUUAUCUCACGAGUGAUGGCUUGGCAACCUUGAGGGAAAAGUUUACGGAAAACUCGUACUUGCAAUUGGAUUCAUUCUUAAAUGAAGACAAGUCUAAGUUAUUCAAGAAACUCAUCAAACAUGACGAACUGAAUAAGGAGUGCCCAUAUAAGGCUCUAGAGGUGAAGCGCCCUUGGAAAACUGCGAUACCCCCACAUAAGUGGAGAUACAUGUACAUAGAUGGCAAAUCGCAUGAAGCUUUCCGAACCGAUGCCGAUAUUCUACACUGCUUGAACAAUGAAGAGCUUCCAAACUUCCAAUUAGUAAGAGAGACAAUGCCAGAAGCACUAACUACAGAACUUGAGCUGAUUGCUCUUGUGGAAUUUUUUAAAACUCUAACCUUCAAGAAGUAUUUGAUUUUGUUAACCGGAUUAUGCCCACUUACUGAGCAAAUGUUAAUAAGAAGAUUUAGGCCAGGUCAUGACUUUACUUUAGCUACACAAAUAUCCCUCAAUGAUUUGUUGAAGUCUACACCAGGAUUUAUUGACGCAAUUCUAGAAGGCACUUUGUCUCUAACCCCAAGUGACGGUUGGGAAUCUGGCGAAAUAGGAGGCUACGAAUUAUAUAUGAGCAACCAAGAUGACGAAGAUUUAGACAGGGAUGUAGAAGAUGCCGCAGUUUACAAGACUGAUGAUACAGGAGAUGCGGUAUUAAUUAACAAACCAGCAUCAUGGAACUCGCUGUGUUUGGUACUAAGAGACCAAUCUGUUUUGCAAUUCGUUAAAUACGUGAGUUGGUCGGCUAAGUCUAGUAGAUGGGAUAUUUCAAUGCAAUGGGAUGUGAAGGCAGCAGAUGAUAAUGACAGCGAUAAGGUACAGAGUGGCUAG